AUGUUACUUUUCAUCAAUAAAAAACGUUUCAUUUCAAUUGGUAUUUUGCUUACUUUAAUUAUAUUAAUGAUAAUUAUUUAUAUUGAUACACCGACAACAAUAUAUUCUAUAGAUAUUCAAAACAUUCAACUUAACAAUGUUGAGAAUCAUACAAAACAAUUAUUACCACGUGUUCUUUGUCUAAUAUUAACAACACCAAAAAAUUUUCUCUCUCGUGUAAUAGCUGUUAAUGAAACAUGGGGUCCACGAUGUGAUCGUUAUUUUUUUGUUACAGAAUCUCCUACACAAACAAUGACACCUGAACAAAUCAAUUUCACGCAACAAAUACCAAUUGCACCGAUUCAAAAUAUUACAUCUGGCUAUGGUCACUUAACACAAAAAUCAACAUUAGCAUUUCUAUUUGCAUAUGAAAAAUAUUUCAAUGACUUUGACUGGGUCGUCAAAGCAGAUGACGAUACAUAUUUGAUUGUUGAAAACUUAAAAGCUUUUCUAAGUCAACAAAAUACAUCUGAACCUGUGACAUUUGGAUAUAAUUUUAAGAUAAUUGUUUCAAAGGGAUACCAUUCAGGUGGAGCAUCUUAUGUAUUAAGUCGAGAAUCAUUACGAAGAUUUUAUGAGGCUCAUAACGAUCUGAAUUCCACAUGUCGUAAAGAUGGUGGUGCUGAAGAUGUUGAAAUUGCUAAAUGUCUUCGUUCUAAAGGUGUUUAUCCGGGCAAAUCAUUGGAUAAGCAAAAUCGUGAAUUGUUCCAUCCACUUCCAUAUAUCAGUCAUUUUCGGGGUAAUAUUCCUAAUUGGCUCAAACAAUAUGCUGAGAAUCCAUUACAAACUGUGAGUUGA